GUUUGAAUUGUCAUUGUUUUUGUCUGUGGUUGUAGUUUUACUCCGAGUCUGAACUGUCAGACUAACAUUUACAAAUAUUGAAAUUUGCCCAAAUUGUAGUUUAAGUUGAAUUUGUUAUUUAAAAAUAAGAUAUUACAACAAAAAUGGCUUCAGCAAUGGAUGUUGACGAAGAGGAAGUAGAAAUGGCUUCUUCCAGUAGUGGUAAAGGAGACAAGAAAAGAUUUGAAGUUAAAAAGUGGAAUGCUGUGGCGUUAUGGGCAUGGGAUAUUGUUGUGGACAAUUGUGCUAUUUGCCGAAAUCACAUAAUGGACUUAUGCAUAGAAUGCCAAGCCAAUCAAGCUUCUGCUACUAGUGAAGAAUGCACAGUUGCUUGGGGUGUGUGUAAUCAUGCAUUCCACUUCCAUUGUAUUUCUCGAUGGUUAAAGACUAGACAAGUAUGCCCUCUGGAUAAUAGGGAGUGGGAGUUCCAAAAAUACGGACAUUAAAACCAGAGCAAGCUAUGUUGAAGACCAUGCUGUCUAUGAAUCUAAUGAGCAAUUUUGUCUUACAAAAUAAGUUUUUAAAUAAUAAAUUUACUCCAAUUAGUUUUUUGUGUUGAUUUGGCUAAUAUUAUAAAAUUGUUAUGAUAUCCAUGUAGCAAAGGUAAUCUAUAAAAAGAGUAAAAUUAAUUACAUUAUUUUGACAAAAAAAAAUGCAUUUACCUGUAUUUAAAAAAGAAUAAGUCAUAUUGCUCUUUAAUAAUAAUUUUCCUAAGUUUUUGUUAUUUAUCAAUACUAAUAUAAAUUCUCAUUUAACCUGUA